GCAGGGGGACGGAGUCGGCCUCCGGAAAUCUGGGGUUCUGGCGUGGACUUUUGGAGGACUUCAGGUCCCGGCGUGCCUCGGGUCUCCCCGUCCGCGGGCUCGGCUCUCCGGCACCUCCUCAGAGCAGGGCAGGCGUGGGGAGAGAGCCUAGGCGGAGCUGGCAGCUGAUGGCAGCGCUGAAGGCGGGGCGAGGUGCUGGCUGGAGCCUUCGCGGAUGGCGGGCUUUGGGAGGGAUCUUCUGGAGGAAAGGCCCCUUGUUAAUCCCUGACCUCCGGGCUCUGCUGACGUCAGGGACUCCUGACCCCUGGGCCCAGGUGACUUAUGGGACCCCCAGUCUCCGGGCCCGGGUGCCUGUGGGGGUCCCUGCAUCUCGGGCAUAUCUGACGUCUGGGACUCCGGAUCGCUGGGCACAACUGACUACCCCAGACCCCCGACCCCAAGAGGCCUGCGGGACUCCUGGAGCUCGUCCGCGCGUGUGGCUGGUGGUGGCUCUGGGCGCUGGGGGGGCAGUGCUGCUGCUGUGGUGGGGUGGGGGGCGGGGUCCUCCGGCUGUGCUGGCCGCUGUCCCGGCUCCGCCGCCCACCUCUCCCCGGAGCCAAUACAACUUCAUCGCGGACGUAGUGGAAAAGACAGCGCCUGCUGUGGUCUAUAUCGAGAUCCUGGACCGACACCCGUUCUCGGGCCGUGAAGUCCCUAUCUCAAACGGCUCAGGAUUUGUGGUGGCUGCCGACGGGCUUAUUGUUACCAACGCCCACGUGGUGGCUGAUCGCCGACGAGUCCGAGUGAGGCUGCCUAGCGGAGACUCGUACGAAGCCAUGGUCACAGCUGUGGACCCCGUGGCAGACAUUGCCACGCUGAGGAUUCAGACCAAGGAACCCCUCCCCACACUGCCCCUUGGUCGCUCAGCUGAAGUCCGGCAAGGGGAGUUUGUUGUUGCCAUGGGAAGUCCCUUUGCACUGCAGAACACAAUCACAUCUGGCAUUGUCAGCUCUGCUCAGCGUCCAGCCAGGGACCUGGGACUCACUCAGACCAAUGUAGAAUACAUUCAGACCGAUGCAGCUAUUGAUUUUGGAAACUCUGGAGGUCCCCUGGUUAAUCUGGAUGGGGAGGUGAUUGGAGUGAACACCAUGAAGGUGACAGCUGGAAUCUCCUUUGCCAUCCCUUCUGAUCGCCUUAGGGAGUUUCUGCAUCGUGGAGAAAAGAAAAAUUCCUGGUUUGGAAUCGGUGGGUCCCAGCGCCGCUACAUUGGAGUGAUGAUGCUGACUCUUACUCCCAGCAUCCUUGCUGAACUACAGCUCCGAGAACCAAGCUUUCCUGAUGUUCAGCAUGGCGUCCUCAUCCACAAAGUCAUCCUGGGCUCCCCUGCACACAGGGCUGGUCUGCGGCCUGGUGAUGUGAUCUUGGCCAUUGGGGAGCAGAUGGUACAAAAUGCUGAAGAUGUUUAUGAGGCUGUUCGAACCCAAUCCCAGCUGGCAGUGCAGAUCCGGCGGGGAUCAGAAACACUGACCUUAUAUGUGACCCCUGAGGUCACAGAGUGACGGGAUUAGCAAGAGUACAGGGCUUCUUGCCUCCCUAGCCUGGAUUCUGAGGGCACCUGGGCAUAGGAAUCAAUGAACCACUGGGGGGCAGGUCCCUCUAACCAUCAGCACCAAUCCUGGACUCUGAAGAACACUUUUUAUAUAAAAUAAAAUUACACUGAGCAACAUGA